GGAAUGCAGCUAUUGGCUUGAUCAAUUGCGUUGCCAUAACGAAAGCGAAGCUGCUGGUCUUAAGCGCUCAAAGUGCCAGCACGUUAGAGUUUUACCAAAAAUAGGAUUUCUCGGGCUUUUUAUUGGCGCCAGGCUGUUGAAGAAGAAACUCAGAAAGGAAUUCAAUGGCACCGACUUGCAUUGGAGGCUUUUUUUCUUUUCAAACAAUCGUCUUGCACCUUGAGCAGAUCACACUGUCUUCGUCCAGCAUGGAACGAUGUUGGUCUUCAUGGGCACCUGGACUUUCAGAACACUGAUUUCUGAAAGGUCUGCGAUUUCCUCCUCGGGCUGAAGAGGAGCGCCCAGCGCUCGCCUGCACCAUGGAGGACGUGAUGGAGGUGCGGACGGACGGGAACUCGCUGCUGAAGGCCGUGUGGCUCCGCAGGCUGAGGCUGACCCGCCUGCUGCUGGAGGGGGGCGCCUACAUCAACGAGAGCAACGAGCGGGGGGAGACCCCGCUGAUGAUCGCCUGCAUGUCCAGACACGCGGACCAGCAGAGCGUCAGCAAGGCCAAGAUGGUCAAGUACCUGCUGGAGAACAAGGCCGACCCCAACAUCCAGGACAAGACAGGGAAGACGGCCCUGAUGCACGCCUGCAGCGAGAGGGCGGGCCACGAGGUCGUGGCCCUACUGCUGGCGAACGGCGCCGACCCCAGCCUGGAGGACCGCUCUGGAGCCUCGGCGCUGGUCUACGGCAUCAACGCUGAUGACAAAGAGACGCUCAGGCUCCUUCUGGACGCCUGCAAGGCCAAGGGCAAGGAGGUCAUCAUUAUAACCACCGACAAGUCACCGUCCGGGACCAAAACCACCAAGCAGUAUCUGAACGUGCCCCCGUCCCCAGAACUGGAGGAGCGCUACUCCCCGGCCCUGUGCGCCUCCCCCUCCGAUAUCGACCUCAAAACGUCACCGGCCCCCGGCAGCGAGAAGCCGCACGAAACUGUCUUCAGCUUCCAGGCGAAAAGGUCGCCGGGGGGCGGGACUGCGGGCUCCGCGGCCGCCGCCAAGCUGCCCGCCGAGCCCCUCUCCCCUACGAAGAAGCCCUGUAACCCCAAGCGCGCGCGGCUGCCCCAGCUGAAGCGGCUGCAGUCCGAGCCCUGGGGGCUGAUCGCCCCCUCCGUCCUGGCCGCCGCGGCGUACGAGGAAGCCAGGCGGGCCGCCUCCGAUGAGGACGUCGUUGCGGCCAUGAACGGGCUGUCUCUUCCGAAGAGGGCGCCCCUGUCACGGCACAGCAGCGUGGAGAGCAAAGAGGGGGCCCCCGCUUUUCCCUCGGUGGCGGAGCAGCCCGCGAAGAUGACGUCCACCUCAUCGGCGCCGGCCUCUCGGAAGACCUCUUACGAGAAGCAUCAGCCCUUGGCACGGCGUAGCACUGUGCCCACGGAUCAAGACAACGGCGGUCCCGCCAGCGGCCCACCAAGCUUGAGGGAUACCGUGUACAGGAGACGCCUGGGCAAUGACCAUUAUGACUCAGACUCCCAGCUGUACUCAGAUUCAGCCUCCGGCCCACUCGAUUCAGCCAAGGUUCCCCCAGAGAGGCGUAAACACAAUACAUCUCCGCUAACGCUGCUGACAAGCUCCCGGGAGUCCCUGGACAGCAUUCCCAGCACGUCUCCGAGCACGGCCCGCCGCAGGGCCCCGGCACUCCUGGAGAGACGAGGAUCCGGGACUUUGCUGAUGGACCACAUAUCCCACACCCGCCCGGGGUACCUACCACCUCUGAACGUCAACCCCAACCCCCCCAUCCCUGACAUUGGGGCGAGCAGCAAGCCCUCCUCGCCUCUCGCCACCUGCGUCAGGUCAAUGGUUCCUGUAGCACCUAGCUCACCAAAGAGAAACGAUCUGAAGGCCAAAAAGAAGCUCAUAAGAAGGCAUUCUAUGCAAGUUGAGCAAAUGAAACAGCUUUCCGAUUUCGAAGAAGUAGCCAAUCAAUGAAGGGACGCCACGGUUCUUCGUUCUCAUUGUUUUGGACACAUGAAAAGCAUAUCUGCCUGGUGUGAAACCUCCCACCUGCUUCUUUGUCCUUUCAGAUCAUGUUCUUUCCGUCGAGCCCUGUGCUUCAAGAGCAGCCUGGCCCAAACAACUGGAAGGAAUAAAGACAGUGUGUCAAGGGUGCAGGAUUCACUCCUUAGUGAUGUGUUCUUGUGCCCAGUAUUAAACCCCAAGCCUUAUCAAAUAUUAGGAAAUGUUUCUGAAUGUAAUGGUGGAUUUGUGAGGUGACAGAAGGACCCUUGAGGACAGUGCUCACCUGGGAACUCUCAGAAGUGUGUAGAACACACUCUUUGAAGUACUGAGCUUUAUCAUUCUGUUUUAAAACAUAUAUGGAAGGCCAGAUGGAUGGUGGAAAUCUGAAUGAUCAUUUGAGGCCUUGUUUGACGAAAACCCAAUGGUCCAUCAGUCUGAAUCAAUGCAAACUCUAUCGACAACUGCCAGAGCAGGACUGUGUAUUACCAACUGGGUCCUGUACAUCGUACAGCCAGUGGUUGAAGCUAACAGACUCAGGUCCCAGAUAAGGAAAAACAUAAGCAUGAAGCAAGCCUUCAUGUGCUGUGAAGCUUAAUGUGGGGAGAAAUUGGCUUCAUCCAAAGGAAACUAAGAAAUGUAAAAUAAAUAAGACAGAUGAACCAGUUCUGGUCAUAUUUGGUAAUUAAGAAAUCGAAUGCGAACCCUAAGGAGGCAAGCUGUUUCACAGAGGUUAUGAGCUUCAAAGGGUAAUUUAAAAAAUCUCCAAAUAUUGAUCGUGAACUGGAAUAUGACAGUUUUUAAAUGUAUAAGAGUGCAUUGAGUUUGAGAUGUUUUCACUUGUUUCAUCGUGUCAUUAGGAUUGAUAAAGUGGUCAUUCCUAGUUGCUGUUGAAGUGUUGUAGUACUUAAAAAUUACACCCUAGCUUGCUUUGACUAGUUCCACGCCCAACAGUGUGGAUAAUACAGAUUGUUUCUUUGUACUGACAACAAAAUUAGAGUAAACAAGACAAAUUAGAGUAAAAGGAGUGAAUUCAUUGCAAAAGAAAAUGACACAAAGGUACCAGAUCACUGAGGUAUUUGUUUCAUAUUCACCCAGACAUCAUAAAUGAAUGGAUUUCUCUUUCUGUCUGA